UUCCACUUUUCUCUUCGCUUCUGCUUCUUCAGUCUGGGUUCUGUCUGAUGAGAUAACAUUCGUCUGUCCGUCAUCCUUGUGGGAGGUCGCGUCCUCGCGGAGAAAAAGUUCUGUUUACUUCCAAGUUCCGCCAAUAAACGGAUUUGAUAACCGUAAAGCAGUGAUAACCUGAAGCUUUUUCGUGGAAUACUCUCAUUAGUGAAACGAAAAAAUUGUGCGCAAGGAUUAUCCCCCCACCAUCAUUACCGCCGAUCAUCAUCAUUGUCAAUGGCUGCCAUCAUCGACUGUGGAGUUCCGGCCACCGGAACGGAGCGCGAAUUUGAGUUCUUCCGCCCGGGACAGGAUCGGCGCUGCGACAAACCGAUAACGACUAUCUUCUUCGAUCUGGACAAUACGCUGAUCCCGACCCGGAAGGGCGACGCCAAGGCUUGCGGAAAGAUCGCUGACAUACUCCACAACGAGUACGAUCUGCCGCGGGACCUGGCCACCGAAGUCACCAUCACCUUCCUGACGUCCUACCGGCGCUGUCCGGACAACCCGGACAUUCCCCUGGCCCAGUGGCGCACCCAGAUGUGGGAGGAUGCCCUACCAGCUGGCCGCAAGCACCUGGCACCCGAGUUGUACCCCCGUUGGGUGGAGUACCGCACCCGAUACCUGGCCCCCAGCCCGGAGAUCAUCUCGCUGCUGCAGACCCUCCGGCUCCAGUACCUCCUCGGCAUUGUCACCAACGGACCGUCCGCUUCCCAGUGGGAAAAGAUCGACAGGUUGGCUUUGGGUCGGUAUUUCGAUUGUAUUCUCGUUUCCUCAGAUCUGCCGUGGGCCAAACCGGAUCGGAACAUCUUCUACGCCGCCUGUCACUAUCUGGGGGUGCGGCCGGAAGAAUGUGCCAUGAUCGGUGACAAGCUGGAGACCGACAUUCAGGGUGGCCUUGAGUCACGGCUUGCUGCCACCAUUUGGCUUCCGCUGCCGAAGGAUCUUCGGCUGAUGCACGACAAGAGCCUGGCGGACAUGGGCGGACUGGCCCAUCCGGAUUACAUCGUGGAAAGCGUGCUGGAUUUGCCAUCGGUGCUCCCGUUGACGACGUCGUUUUGCGGCCAACGCUGCCGACCGGUUCAGGAGAGGAGGGGUUCGAAUUCGUACGUCCCGAAGACGACCCGGAACCGGCAGGCCAGCUACAAUCGCUUCCUGCCGGACGUUCCGGAUUUGUACAGUUCGAGCAGCAACUCGUGCGACAGCAAUGGAACGAUGGACAGUCAGUAACAAGGGACGUUCUAAGGAGGGGAAUAACUUCGAAUAACUAGGUUGUUUGCAAGGUAUCUGAAAGUCAGAUAAAUGUAACAACUGCACGGUUCAUCAUUAGUUCGAUAAUGUAACUUGUAAGCUCCAAAGUUUUUAUUUUCUAAAAUAAUACUCGAUUUUUGACAGUUUUAAAAGGCCUAUGGACUCGGUUGCAGCGGAAUCAUACAAAACCGGGCAAGGGAAAGACCUUCAAUCUCUCUAUUUUGAUAAUCAAGGUUGUACCUGAUAUGACAUCUAAAUAAUGGGAAUAACUACUUUCAGAAAUACAAUUUUAUCAGUUUUCUACACCUUAUUGUACCGUAAGGACGCCAUUCACCGCUCAUGCUCCAUUCACCGCUCAUUGAAUUAUUUUGAAAAAUCUGAAUAAAGUUUCGCAAUAAAAUUCAUCAACAUGUAUUAGUAUACCAGAAUGGAUUGUAUCAGAAUAAAAUUCAUAAGAUUUAAUUUUAUAUACUAUUUAAAAAAAAUUUUUUUAGGCUAUUUAAGGCGGUAAACAUGAGUUGAACAAUGAUUUUAUUAUGGCAGUUCGAAAAAUGCUUCUUAGCUGCCACGCUUCAAUAUGUUGUUGUACUAUAGUACAAAGAUAAUAACUGCUAAUGAAAGUAAAUUAAUUCCAACUAGUUGUG